UGGUCAUUAAUUUUUCGCCAAUUUCACAAAUAUUUUCUAGCCACUUUUACUUUUUUCCCUGCUAAAUUUCUUGCAACUGACUCUAAAUUAACUCUCUCUAAAUUAAUUUUUUUCACAAUUUACUUAAAUUUAUUUUUAGAUUUUUUUGAAAUAUUUUUUAGCCACUUUUACUUUUUAAUUUUAUCUGUCUUUUACAUUUUUCUCUCAAUAUUUUUUAAUUUCCAUAAAUUUUUAUUUAAAUAUUUUUUUUUAAUUUUUAGAUUAAAUGUAAAUUUAAGGUGAUAUAAAAAAUAUUUUUAUAAAAAAAAUCACCAAAAUGAUCUCCAAAUUAAUUUGUUGUGUUUUGUUCUACCUCAAAAUAUAUUUUACUGUUGCCGAAUUAUUUUCAAGCUCAAAUUCCUCGCCAAUUUCACAAAUUGAUUGGGCUAAUGUUCCAACCCCUCCAAGAUUUAUUCACGAACGGAAUGACCCAAUUACUUAUUUUUCUCUUCAAGACUAUAAAGGGCCUAAUGGAAAUGGGCGACAUGAGAGGGAUGAACACCAAAAUGGAAUUAAUCAUUUACAACACUUUUUGAAGCCAAAAGUUUUUAGAUGUGUUGCUAUUGGAAUUCCACGGCCUGAAUAUAGAUGGCUAAAGGAUAAUUCAACAUUUCCUGUCAAUGUUUACAGAGAUAGAAUAAUUACAAAUUCUGAUAAUGGCUCUUUAAUUUUUACCAAAUUUUUUGAAUCUGAUGAGGGGGAAUAUCAAUGUUUGGCUAGUAAUGAUAAUGGAACUGCUUAUUCUGAGAAAAUUAAACUUUUGUUGGCUUGGAUUAAUCCAUUUCCUGAUUUUGAAGGACCUAAUGUAGUUGAAAUACCUUUGAGUAGACCAUAUGCCCGUGAUUGUACUCCUCCCGAUUCAAAUCCUCCAGCAAUGAUUUUUUGGAUUUUACGUUCUCCUGACAAUGUUAAACACAUAAGUGCAAUUAAUUCUUCUCAUAUUUCGUCGAGUGAAAAGGGUACAAUUUUCUUUCAUUAUGUGCAAGAAAGUGAUUUCAAGGACAAUGCUUUAUACACGUGUGCUGCUUAUAAUCAGGAAUUGAAGGAAUACAAGUUCAGCAACAAUCAAUUCAAUUUUAAUGUCAAAAAAAGACAUGCAACAGAAAAAUUGCGCAAUAUGCCUCCAGAACAACAAUGGGUCAAUCAAUCUUCACCAAUUGCAUUACUUGGACAUAUUCACAAACUUCAUUGUUUUUUCUCUGGAUUCCCAAACCCAACACCAAUUUGGUAUCAUAAUGGAAUAGAAAUUACUUUAGACAAUACCAGAGGCUUUUCUUUUGAAAAUUUUGGAAAAACUUUAGUUUUCAACGUUACUGCUCAACAUAUUGGAAGAUAUGAUUGUAAAUUUGAAAGGCAUGCUUCGAUUGACAGAACUUUUGAUAUUAAAUUAAAUGCGGCGCCUUACUGGUUUGAUCUUCCACCUGCAAGUGUGAACACUAGUGAAGGGGAAACAGUUGUCUUUGAUUGCAAAACGCUUGGUAACCCAACUCCAGUUGUUACCUUUUACAAGAAUGGCGUAGAGUUGCGGAGACCUCGUCCCGGUGAGAAUUGGGUGAUUGAAGGCUCUAAAUUGACAAUAUAUGAUGUGAAAAAGGGUGCUAAUGGUCUGCCUGGAGACAAUGCUGUUUAUCAAUGUAAAUCAGAAAAUAAACACGGAUAUUUAUGGACAAAUUUUUAUUUGAAUUUGUUGGCUUUCCAACCUCAAUUAUUAGAGGAGCCAGGUCAAGUAGAAGCGAUUGAAGGAAAACCUUUUUCACUUCAAUGCAAAUUUUUUUCAUCUCCUCAAGCAACUGUGACAUGGGAAAGUCCUGUACUUGGUGGAGUUCCUUAUAGUACAAAAGUUGAUCAAUUUGGUACUGGAUGGUUGUUGUUUGAAGAGGUGAGAAGAGGAUAUGACGGGGAAUACAAAUGCACAGGUGUCAAUAAAUAUGGUUCUGCAUCUGCUACUCAAAAAUUAGUUGUAAGAAUUCCAACAUUGCUUGAUCCGUUCUCUAAACAACGAAUGGAACAUCGGGCAGGAAUUCCAAUGAAAUUACCUUGUGAGGCCAAACAUGAUCCUGAUUUGGAUGUUCAAUAUAUUUGGACAAUUAAUGGAAGAGAUUUAGCUCAAGCAAAUAAAGAAAUUGGAGGUGGACAUUACCAUGUGACAGAAGAUAAUACACUUGUUAUUGAACAGCCAACACAAGAAGAUAGUGGAAUGUAUACUUGCUUGGUUAAGACUAAAUUGGAUGAAAUUUCGAAAAGUAUAACUGUUAAUAUCGAAGAUGUACCUCAACCUGUCCAUUCAGCACGUAUUUCAAGCUGUAAUAUUGACGAGCCUAUUGUAACAAUUGAUUUUGAGCACUAUGAACCUGCUGAUCGAAUUAAACCUGUUGAAGAAUUUUGGAUUAGAUAUAGUGUUGAUCAGGAGGUUGAUCAAGGAAAAUGGCAAACUUACCCAGUUCCAUUGAAGGCUUUACCACAUGAAACAGUUGGGGAAUCGUUGAGGCUUGUUCGUGGUCAAGUGAAAAUUUUGUUGAAGCCGUUUGGAACGUACACCUUCCAAGUAAUUGCAAGGAAUGCGAUUGGUGACAGUGCCCCUUACAUUAUUGAUGGAACGUGUCAAACAUCCCAAAAACCUCCAACUCGAAAUCCUUCUGGUGUUUGGUUACAAGGAACACAACCAGAUAAUUUAAUUGUGUAUUGGGAACCAAUGCCAAGAGAUGAAUGGAAUGCUGAAAAUUUUGCUUAUCGCAUCUUAUAUCGUCGAAAGGAGGAAGGAGGUGAUUGGAAAAGUAUAACUGUUGAGGACCCAUUUGCUGAUAAAUAUACAAUUGAUUUGGGUGAUGGAGGUGCUAGAGCAUGGGAUCAAUAUGAGGUUCAAGUCCGUGCAAUAAAUGGGAAAGGAGCUUCAACUGUAAUGCCUGAAGUUGUUGAGGGAAGAACUGGCGAGGGAGAACCUGGAGUUACACCAACAAAUUUCCGCUUAAUUCAAGUCACUUCAACUUCUGCAGAAUUUGAAUGGGAUUCAGUAGAUCCUUCCAAAGUACAAGGAAAUUUUAGUGGGUAUAAGAUAACUUAUUGGUAUGAUGAAAAUAGUCUUUUGGAUAAUGAAUCAAAUAACAAAAUACGAAAAGCUCGUCAUAGAAGGGCUGGUGAUUUAUCGAGUGGAAGUGGAAACUUUGAAAGAAAUUCUGUAGUAUUUGCACCAGGCGUGACUCGUGGUACUAUAACUGGAUUGAAACCAAAUUCUAUAAAUUAUGCGGUUAUUUCUGUAUUAAAUGGACAGAAUGAGGGUGCACCAUCACAAGAACUGUCGUUUAGGACAAAAGAGGGAGUACCUACGCCUGUACGCGAUUUACGUGCAUAUCCAAUGAAUAACCGUCAUGCAUCUGAACAUGCUGUUGUUGUGCUUAAAUGGCAUCCUCCGAGAGAACGUAAUGGUCGAUUGAUUAAAUAUACGGUUGUUCAUUGUAGAGCGAGUGAUGGAGAUGAUCCUGAAAGUGAAGAGUUUACAAAUUGUGGUGAACCAGUAGAUGUAAAUAGACGAUUAACUGAACUUCGAAUAAUUAAUCUUCGUUAUAAUACAAAAUAUCGUUUUGAAUUUGCUGCACAUACUGGAGGUGGAAUGGGACUUUUAAAUUCUGUUGAUGCACAUACAUUACCUGAAGCCUUGCAUUUAAAUAUUGAACCUAGCAAGCCAUCACUUUACAAAGAAGGAAUUGGAGAUGAUCAUUUUAACAUAUCUUUUGUUCCUGGACCUUAUGAUUCUCGUGUAGGGGCGCCUGUUGGAAAUUCUUUUUAUGUAAAAUAUCGAGAAACGGAUUCGGGUGAUGAAUGGCUGACAAAAGAACCUCCUCCAGAUGGUUUAACAUUACAAGUUACUGUGGAUAGAUUAACACCUGGAACUAAAUAUGAUGUAAUGACUGUUUCGUUACAAAGGGAUGAAGCUGGAAAUAUUGUUGGACAGACUGAAUCUAGAAUACAUCAUAUUACAACUACUGGAGUUUCACCUCGUAGAGCAACAUUAUAUUGGUUAUUAAUUAUUUUAUUGAUAUUGUUACUUCUAUUACUAUUUAUUUGUAUUGCUUGUUGUCUUUUACAUCAACGUGGACGUAAAUAUUUUGUUGAAGAAAAAGAACGACUUCAUGGACGUGAACCAAUGCUUCCAAAAGACAAACAAUUUGAAGAAUUUGGAAAAACGCCAGAAGAUAUUGAAAAACGUUCUCUUUCGGGACACAUGUGGGGUGGAGAAUCAGAAUCUGAUUCUUUGGUAGCUGAUGUAGAUGAUAAUCAAGGAUAUAAUGAGGAUGGCUCGUUUGUUAAUCAAUAUGGUGCAAAUAACAGGACAGGCCUUGUUCAUUCUGGAUCCGGUCCUGAAGGGUCUCAACAGCAUCCGACUGGAACUGAAUCAACAUCUCGGCGUUAA